UAUGCGCCGACGUGCUAAAGUCAUUACUCCGUCAUUGGAUGAAUCUACACACCAUAGCACCGUGAUUAGGACACCAGGGCCACAUGCCUUACCAUCGCUUCGCCCAACUCCAGUAACGUCCUCAGUUAUUGAAGGACAUGUCAGACCCUUCGGAGUAGACCUAGAUUCUCGCCACAGCUUGGUAUCACAAACUCAGCCUCGACCGUCCUCGAUGCCACCACCGGAUAGGAAGGAAGACUUCGCCAUGCCUACCAACUUGAACACCGCCCAGUCGAAUAGUAUUAACGAUCCACUCACACAUACUAUACUCCGGUCACCUCUCCAGUCUUCUUCUCGAUCAUCCAUAGCGGCACCAUCAUACAGGUCCGAGCCUUCCAGCAGUGCGGAGUCUAACGCUUUAAAUGCAUCACUUAUCCGACCCUCCAAUUACCCGCUUUUGCAGGCUAGUCCUCGAUCAUCUUCGGAAGUACAAUUGUCCAGGACAGGCAAUCAAGUAUGGCAUGAGAGCAUAACCGAUACAUGUCCUCCCAGUUACAUAUCCUCGCAACCUUCCCUUCUACCAUCGUCGGUGGUACCAUCGAUUAGGACGGCAGAUAGUGACAUGCACAUUAGUACCACCGGAUCUGACCUCCCUGCAUACUCUCGUGUUGCCGCUGAGUCUCGGCAGUCCUUGGCGGCACCAUCUUAUAGUAGUAGGCCAGGUUCAAGUUAACACCGUCGUUGAGCCAAAUUUUCUUGUCGAUACCAUCCCAGCUUUACCCCGAGCGUCAAGCCUGGUGGCCUACCUUUGAUGGCUAAAAUGGCAGCCAUCUGCCGAUCGAAGUGUAAUGUUCUCGCGUGCUAUUUAUCCAAAAUCCCCACCAGUAAAAUGAGAAUUGUUCUGUCUAUCUAGAAUCCCAGUACACUUGCUU